CGGACGGAAAUUCCCACAUUGAAACGACACCCGCGGCGCGAUCCCAGCCAUUCACCAAAAUGUGGUCAAGAGUUUUCGUCCUGUCGCUUCCCAUCUUUGCAACUCUCUCGUCCACCCAGUACACGGGCCCCUGUUCAGAGACAAACUGCGGCGCCUCGGGCAAGGUGCGUCCGAGGGGCUACCUCUGCGUGCCGUACCCGAGCUUCGAUCCCGCGCUGCGCAAGGGUUGCACAUGCAGCACCGCUUAGAUGGCGGUUUCAAGCGGGC